CAGCUUAGUCAGCAUCGUGCAUUUCUUUUUCUCUCGACCACGGUACCAACGCCAGCAUCAACCACGGUGAACCAGAGUGCUCUCUUUUGGCUCGUUUGCUUCAGGCGCCAAAGAAACAUUCUUAUAGCAGACCCCAAACUACGUGUUGCUGGAUUGUAACCUUUGCAAGAGAACCACAAAUCGUGUUGGUUGGAGGAUCAUCUCGUACGGAAUGAUUUUACGGAUAUCUUCUUUGUCGUUGAGAACUAGCCUCAGUCCUGGAUACCCAGUGACAUUCCGUCGUACAUUCGCCACCCCCCUUUCGCUCAGACGUGACUUUCGAACAUGCCCAGAUAUCUCGACACUGAACGCCGCUAAUUUGUCACGGAAUGACCUUUGCGAUUUCUCAAAUAUGAUUUCAGUCAGCACCCCGGAAGAGCUCUCUUCUCCAAGACAGCUCAGGUAUUUGCGGGUUGGCGCAACUAAUCUUCCCUUUCCUAAAUCCUGUAAAGGGUUUCUCUACUAUUGGACACAUCCCGAUCUUCCUGUUGCUCUUGGCAGUAUUCGCUUCCGUAUCAUUCCCGAGGGCGAUCCGUCCUUAUUUAGUGCGGGGAAAGACCUACUCCUGCCCAACGGUAUGCCAUGGUCGAUUCCCCUACACCAAUUAGUAGUGUGGAAAGGGAACAUGCUGCGACUGCUUUUAAAAGACAAGCUCGUUGACCAAAGUUUAAUCAGCUCGGAAUAUAUACGUGUGUUUGUGGAGCUACGCUUGAAGAAGGAUUCGACACUUCUGCGGUCUCCGGAAGAAUCAUUUCCCAUAAGCCUUCCCCAAGACUCGUUACACCUGCAUCUAUUAUCCGAAGAUCACCAAGCUCAAAAGGUGGCUUUCUUCUUCAAACCUAUGGUCGAAUUUCAGGAACUUGUCAAGCCUGGACAACAAGUCUAUGCUCAUGCCCGUCUUGAGGUUAUACGCCCUAAGGGCAACCGUCUCGCGUUGGGUCUUCGCAUUUCGAAUGUCCUUUUACGGGGUGUCCAGGUUGACAGGGAGUUCCCGCUAAUCGAGUGCAAGGCAGUGAAGGGUCGUUCCGCUCUCCAGUCUUGGUUUCCAAAUAUAUACGAAAUACCUGAAAAUUAGAAUUUUGCCAGUUGAAAGAUCAGGAUUUGAGCCAUGAGCCCGGUCUCGUUC